CCUGGCUCCUACCACAUGUCCAGUCACGGCGGGGAGCUGAAGAUCCUGAGCGUCUACGGUAAAGGGGAGGGCCCACUGGCGGUUGACGGCCAUGACACCCUCUUCACCGCGUCAGAAGUGGAGGCCCUGAACUCGCUGUAUGCGUACCACAGCGCGGCCAAGAGCCUGGAGCGCGGCGAGCGGCUGGUCUGCCACGAGGAGCUGAGUGUGCAGCAGACCCCAGACACCAUUUCAAUCAAGAUUGAAGAGGAUAUUGGUGGAGGCAUGCCCGCUGUAGAAGACGGCAAUGACAUCAGAGACCGCAGCACGCAGCGCGGCGCCACCUCAGAGAGUCUGGGUGUGGACGCCCCUGGCUCCUCCCGCAUGGCCAGUCACAACGGGGAGCUGCGGAUCCUGAGCGUCUAUGGAAAAGGGGAGGGCCCACUGGCGGUGGACGGCCAUGACACCCUCUUCACCACGUCAGAAGUGGAGGCCUUGAGCUCGCUGUCGGCGGACUGCAGCGUGGCCAAGAGCCUGAACUGCAGUGUGCGGUUGGUCCGCCUUGAGGAGCUGACUGGGCAUCGGGGCGGCCGCAAGGGCCGGCCCGGUGUCUUGUGUGGCAAGGUUUUUCCCAAUAAUGACAAUAUGAUCGUUCACAUGAGGACAAAACCCGACGAGAAGCAGUACGAGUGUGACCAAUGCGCAAAGUGCUUCAGUCAAAAUGGACAUCUGAAGAGCCACAUGAUGACUCACACCGGGGAGAAGCCCUACAGGUGCGACCAAUGCAUGAAGCUCUUCAUAUCGAAAACGCACUUGAAGUGCCACAUGUGGACUCACACCGGGGAGAAGCCCUACAAGUGUGACCAUUGCGCAAAGCGCUUUAGACAAACAUACGCCCUUCAGAUCCACAUUAGGACUCACACCGGGGAGAAGCCCUACAAGUGUGACCAUUGCGCAAAGCGCUUCAGACAGACAAGCCAGCUUACGGGCCACAUGAGGACUCACACCGGGGAGAAGCCCUACAAGUGUGACCAUUGCGCAAAGGGAUUUGGACAUUCAAGCCAUCUUAAGACCCACAUGAGGACUCACACCGGCGAGAUGCCCUACAAGUGUGACCAAUGCGCAGAGCGCUUCGGACAGCCAAGGCAGCUUAAGAGGCACAUGUGGACUCACACCGGGGAGAAGCCCUACAAGUGUGACUAUUGCGCAAAGAGCUUCGGGCAGACAUGCCAUCUUAAGAGCCACAUAAGGACUCACACCGGCGAGAUACCCUACAAGUGUGACCAAUGCGCAGAGCGCUUCAGAGAGUCAAGCCAGCUUAAGAGUCACAUGUGGACUCACACCGGGGAGAAGCCCUACAAGUGUGACCAAUGCGCAAAGCGCUUCUUAACGAUAAGCCACCUUAAGAGCCACAUGAGGACUCACACCGGGGAGAAGCUCUACAAGUGUGACCAAUGUACGAAGCUCUUCAUUCGGAAAGACAAGCUGAAGAUCCACAUGAGGACUCACACCGGGGAGAAGCCCUUCAACUGUGACCAAUGCGCAAAGCGCUUCAGACAGAGAGGCAGCCUGAAGAGACACAUGAGGACUCACACCGGGGAGAAGCCCUUCAACUGUGACCAAUGCGCAAAGCGCUUCAGACAGAGAGGCAGCCUAAAUGUCCACAUGAGGACUCACACCGGAGAGAAGCCCUACAGGUGUGACCAAUGCACGGAGCGCUUCAUUUAUAAAGCCUGCCUGAAGAGCCACAUGAAGACUCACACCGGAGAGAAGCCCUACAGGUGUGACCAAUGCACGAAGCGCUUCAGUGGGAAAGUACACUUGGAGAUCCACAUGAGGACUCACACCGGAGAGAAGCCCUACAAGUGUGACCAAUGCGCAAAGUGCUUCAGUCAAAGUGGACACCUGAAGAGACACUUGAGGACUCACACCGGCGAGAAACCCUACAAGUGCGACCAAUGCAUGAAGCUCUUCAGUCUGAAAUGUCACUUGAAGAGCCACAUGUGGACUCACACCGGGGAGAAACCCUACAAGUGCGACCAAUGCAUGAAGCUCUUCAUAUCGAAAACGCACUUGAAGAGCCACAUGUGGACUCACACCGGGGAGAAGCCCUGCAAGUGUGACCAAUGUACGAAGCUCUUCAUUCGGAAAGACCAGCUGAAGAUCCACAUGAGGACUCACACCGGGGAGAAGCCCUUCAAGUGUGACCAAUGCGCAAAGCGCUUCAGACAGAUAGGCAGCCUGCAGAGACACAUGAGGACUCACACCGGCGAGAAACCCUACAAGUGCGACCAAUGCAUGAAGCUCUUCAGUCUGAACUGUCACUUGAAGAUCCACAUGAGGACUCACACCGGGGAGAAGCCCUACAGGUGCGACCAAUGCGCAAUGCGCUUCUUAACGACAAGCCACCUUAAGACCCACAUGUGGACUCACACCGGGGAGAAGCCCUACAAGUGCGACCAAUGUACGAAGCUCUUCAUUCGGAAAGACAAGCUGGAGAUCCACAUGAGGACUCACACCGGGGAGAAGCCUUACAAGUGUGACCAAUGUACGAAGCUCUUCAGACAGAGAGGCAGCCUGAACAGACACAUGAGGACUCACACCCGCGAGAAGCCCUACAAGUGUGACCAAUGCACGGAGCGCUUCAUUUAUAAAGCCUGCCUGAAGAGCCACAUGAAGACUCACACCGGAGAGAAGCCCGACAGGUCUGAACAAAUGCACAAAGCUCUUCAGUCAGAAAAGGCACCUGGAGGACCACAUGUGUUAUGUAUUUUAAGCACGUAAGCUGCCCCCACAUAGCCACUAGGAAGCAGGAUCGAACACACAAGCUGUAAUAUCUACCCCAGCCACAGAAUCAGAAUCAGAAUCUCUUUAUUGUCAUUACACAAAGUGCACCGAAAUUGGGGUAGAGGCUCUCAAAAUAAGUGCUUUUAAAACAAAAACUAAAAGAGAAAAUGAGUGUAUUUUUUGAAAAUAAAUUUAGAAUGUUGAACUCAAAAAAAUAUAUAUAUACAUUUUAAAAUAUCAGCCAAUUUAAAAGGUCAGAUUGGUAUGAUAAUGCAGUCAUUUAUAAUUCUGCAUUAUUUAGAGAAAUAACAACUCUGGGGUAGAAACACCCCAGAGCUGGGGUGUAAGCCCAUUUGUUCUUGACCUGAUUGCCCUGUAGCGCCUCCCAGAGGGCAACAGUUCAAACAGGUUAUGGCCUGGGUGGGAUGAGUCUCAGGAUGCUAUGAGCUCUCCUGAGGCAGUGUCUAUUGUACACAUCCUCAAGAGAGAGAAGAGGACAUCCAAUGACUUUUUGUGCCGUUUUUAUGACCCUCUGGAGCGCUUUCCUCUCAGCUGCAGUGCAACUGGCAAACCACAGCGAGAUGCCGUAGCUUAGGACAGUCUCAAUGGUGCAGCGAUAAAAGCUCAUCAGCAUUUUCUCCUGAAGAUUGUUCUUCCUGAGGAUCCUUAGGAAAUACAAUCUCUGUUGGGCCUUUUUCAGAAGCGCCUUGGUGUUUAUUGUCCAGGUCAGGUCCUGCUGAAUGUGCAUGCCCAUGAACCAAGAAGGCAGCAUCUUUAAGACAGACGCGGAAGCUGAAGCUAAGAGCUAGACCACGCCCACUUCACAUAAGCCACGCCUACUUGGUCCAUUUUCAGCGACCGGAGCCAGCGGAGGUCAGAGAAUCAUAGGCGCCCCGCAGAGAGAGUCGGGCCUAAGCCCGGGGCUCGAAGUAGCUCACGGUAUUUCUCUCUGCUAGUGUUGGAUACAAUUCCCUCCCUUUUGCUUCAUAGUUACCAUACCGAAAUACUUAAACAAAUAAAGUGAGUUAAAAGCCACCCGUUUCGAACUACUUUCAACAAGAGCACGACAAUUGCCACAUGAGGACUCACUCCGGGGAGAAGCCCUACAUGGGUGACCAAUGCGCAAGGCGCUUCAGUCAUGGCUCCAAGCUGAAGAUCCACGUGAGGACUCACACCGGGGAGAAGCCCUGCGUGCGUCUACUACCGCCCAGUAGCUCGAACACCUGUGAUCAUGAAAUGCUUUGAAAGGCUGGUCUUUCACCACAUUAAAGAUGAACUGAACUGAAAUAAUAAACAUCGUUAACGUUUUAGUUAUGACCAUUCUAAAAAUAAAAAAAUGACACUAAAAAAAUUAUUUAAAAAGUCAAUAUAUAGCUUUUUUUUUAGCAACAAAAGAUAAUGCGUCUUUUAGUAUUAGAGCGCCGAUGACGUCACUGGCAUGGUACAACUAGGUCGUUGCUGCAGACUCGCGAAUGUCUUAUUCACUCCGCGGUUGAAAAUAGUGAUUUUAAUAUGGCUGGUUACGAGUUUGGGCCUGUGAGUGACAUGCCUGUAGUGUCCGACUGCCACCCGGUGGAGAGGGAUCAAUUUCAGGCUCCAGCUCCACCUUCGGAUCGUGUGGGUGUGACUGGUGUGCGUGUGGGUGCUGCCGGAGCAUGGACACUGCCAUUGAAUCGGUCUGCUGCCGAGAGGUCCCGGUCAACCUUGACCACCUAACGGUGGGAUUAGGUUGCAUAACCAUGCACAGGGCAUUUCGGUUGCUGUGCGGCGAGAGAGGUUUUGGAAGUGGCCAUGCUCUCUCUACGGGACGUCCGAGCGGAGACACUGGAGCGCCCCAUAAAUAGCAACCAAGUAACAAGGCGAAAACAAUCUUUCCCCCUCCGUUUUCCUUUGAUGCGUUUCAGGAAUAUCUCCGUAAAGACGGACUCAUUGCGGAAACGCAACGAGCUGUACAAACGCUGUAGUACCUACAUAUUCAAGGCGCUGGUUCUCCACAAAAAUAAGAGGAGCGCAUCAAGCCUGCGCGCAGUAGGCUAUAAAAAAGUUCAAGUCGAGGCGGAGAUAGUUGUUGUUUAACCUUUUAGAUUGAGUAGAAAUACUUUUUAAUGUACAGUUAGUAAUUAAUUUGACCAAGGGGCUGUAUUUAAAGCUACAAAAAAACAAAAAAAAAAACAACACGAAACCGCAUAGGUCCGGUUUUAUUUGAAUCCACCAUGGGACCAUGGACCUAUUAAAGAACGUGGUUUAUUAUCUGCCUAAUAACAUGGUAAUUAAAGACAUGGAUUCACAAAAAAAUCGGCUCCGGGUGGACGGGACCCGAAAGACACGUCAGAUGCGUUAGAUGCGAGGCGGAUUCACGAGUGUCACGUAUACUUUAUGCGGAUGUUGGAGGUUUACUUUCUGGUGGAUGUUGAUGGAUUUUGCACAGAUGGGUAUUGCACAGAUAAAUCUUACUAUGAAACUACUUCUUCGAGUUUAACUCCCUCUGCAUCGGUAGUCGGCGAACAACAGGGUGAAUAGAAAGGGACAUUUGUGGAACUUCUGUUUCAUUCAUUACGUGACACCUUCAUAUAUUGUAGAACCAUUACAUAUACAGUGGCAUGUUUUGAGCCUUUUUUUGUUUUAAUCUAGUCUCUUUUUUAAAUACAUCACAGAGAGAAAUGAAGGCCAGUCGCUCAGCCGAAACGCAGCUUUCCGUCGCGACCAUAAAUGCUAUAUAAUUACAUUAUACAUACAUUGUAA